CACACACUGUCUCUUAGUAUAAUAUAGAGAUAUAAUUUAUGCCAUACGAACGGAUAUUUGGCAUCUAUUAUUAAUCGUGGCGUUCGAUUAGUAAACAAAUAUGGAUUUCAUUGACGACUUCAUUGAGGAAUACAAGAGCAACCCAUGCUUGUGGAAAGCCGAUUCAGUUGAUUUUCGGAAUCGAACCAGACGUCAAGAAGCAUAUAUGAGGCUGAUUGCAGUGGCAACUAAACAUGGAGAACUGUACAAUGUUGAAAGAACUAAGCAAAAGAUUAACAAUCUAAGGUGUGCAUUUCGUCAUCAGCUGCGCAAGUACAAUGAAGUGAAGAAAAAAGGUGAAAAGUAUGAACCGUACUGCCCGAAGCGGCGAUACUUUGAAUCUCUCAUGUUUCUGAAGGACGAAGAAAUCCCAGAGAAAAAAUCAAAGCAGACUGAUAAUAAUCUACCUUUACAACAACAAAGUACAGAUAACAAUGUCAUGGUGCAGCAAGAAACAUACGAAGAGUUUUCCGACGCCGAAAGCUUGCCGAAACAGCAGAUGAAAAACAACGAUACCCAUACGCAUAAUAGCAAAUUAUCGCCCAGCACAAGCGCCAACGAAUUCUGUGCCAAUUUAUUUGAGGAAGUCGAGGUGGAUCCAAUUAUCAGUAUUCAAACAGUUAAUUCGAACAACAAUCAGACCAAUCAAUCGGCAACAAUAAAGGAGGUGGACGUUAUAUUGCCGGCAGACAACAGCAGCAGCAGCAUUAUAUGCGACCGAAGAAAAUCAGUAAAUACCUCAACAAAUAAUGCUGCAAAUGAAAAGUUAAAUUUAGUAGAACAGCAAAAUACAGUUGAUGUGAAUCGCGAAAAGCAGCUUUCAACCACCCGUCAAAAAUAUAUAAAAACCAAUAGGAAACGCUCAUUAUCGGGAUCUUCGCAACUGUCAGACACAGAUGCACCAAUGGGAAAAUGCAGAGCCGCCGGCAUUUCUAAUAUUGACUUUGAGCGGUUGUUUCAAUUGGCAUUUAAAAAUGCCGAUAAUCAAUUGGACGAUCACUUCACAAAUUUUGGUAAAAUCAUUGCGCAUAAAUUGCGAUCGAUGGACAAUGCACAAGCGAUCUAUGCGGAGAAAAUCAUUGCCGAUGUUCUUUACCAGGGCCAGAUGAAGAUGUUAUCGACAUUAAGCAUAACUCAGUUCUUAAGCGUAGAUAAUACAACAGUCUAUGUAGAAAGUCAUCCAAAAUGAUGAUUCUUAAAUGUAAUGUUAUAAUUAAUAAUUAACUGAAAUUAUAUACAAAAUGUGCGAUUUGACUACUUAAGUUUGC